AUGGCUCUUAUUACGGCCGUGCCUCGCUCCCGCCGCGCUGACACCGCCGGGCUGAGCGCGGAGUCGCCUCCAGCGGGAAGGCACUUCCGUUAUCUGCGCGCCCGCGCCCCCUCCUCAGCCCGCUCUCUCUCUCCCUGGAUGUUUAAGGCGAGGAUGAACAAACAGGUCCAGCCCGAGCGCAAAGUGUCGGUGGUGGCCCCCUUGCCGGACCGCGCGGGGCCGCCGCCCCCGAAGAAGGACGUGGAGCUGAUCCUGGUGAAGGAGCACAACGGGGUGCAGUACACCAGCAGCAGCCUCCUGCCCGCCGCCCCCGCGCCGCGCUACGGCGCCCAGGACAGGGAGACCUGGGGCAAGAAAAUCGACUUCCUCCUCUCCGUCAUCGGCUUCGCCGUGGACCUGGCCAACGUCUGGCGAUUCCCAUACCUCUGCUACAAAAAUGGAGGGGGUGCUUUUCUUAUUCCCUAUAUUCUCUUCUUAAUCAUUGCGGGAAUGCCCCUGUUCUAUAUGGAAUUAGCACUGGGACAAUAUAACCGAGAAGGGGCUGCCACUGUCUGGAAAAUCUGUCCAGUUUUCAAAGGUGUAGGCUAUGCAGUGAUACUCAUAGCUCUUUACGUGGGUUUCUACUACAACGUUAUCAUAGCUUGGUCUCUGUAUUAUCUAUUUUCGUCAUUCACAUUUGAGCUCCCCUGGACAAACUGUGACAACAGUUGGAACAGUCCAAACUGUACAGAUCCCAAACUCUUCAAUGCAUCAGUGCUUGGCAAUGGUACUAAAUACUCGAAGUACAAGCUCACUCCUGCAGCUGAAUUUUAUGAGCGAGGAGUUCUGCACCUGCACGAAAGCCGUGGGAUCCAUGACCUUGGCUUGCCUCGCUGGCAGCUUUCCCUCUGCCUCUUGGUGGUGGUAAUCAUUCUUUUCUUUAGUCUGUGGAAAGGCGUGAAGACUUCGGGAAAGGUUGUUUGGAUAACAGCCACUUUGCCUUAUGUUGUAUUAUUUGUCUUACUAAUACACGGAAUAACCCUCCCUGGUGCAUACAAUGGAAUAAAUGCAUACCUGCACAUAGAUUUCAGAAGAUUAAAAGAAGCCACAGUGUGGAUUGAUGCAGCUACUCAGAUAUUUUACUCCUUAGGAGCUGGGUUUGGUGUUUUAAUUGCAUUUGCCAGUUACAAUAAGUUUGACAACAACUGUUACAGGGAUGCUUUGCUGACUAGUACCAUUAACUGUGUCACAAGCUUCAUCUCGGGAUUUGCAAUUUUCUCCAUAUUGGGGUACAUGGCUCAUGAGCACAAAGUUAAAAUUGAGGAUGUAGCUACUGAAGGAGCUGGUUUAGUUUUCAUCCUGUACCCAGAGGCAAUUUCAACUCUUUCAGGAUCUACAUUUUGGGCUGUGGUGUUCUUCAUCAUGCUCCUUACUCUUGGCAUCGACAGUUCUAUGGGGGGAAUGGAAGCUGUCAUCACUGGCUUGGCAGAUGAUUUCCACAUUCUGAAGCAGCACAGGAAGCUCUUCACCUUUGGCGUUUCUUUUGGCACUUUCCUACUUGCCCUUUUUUGCAUCACCAAUGGUGGAAUUUAUGUUCUCACACUUCUGGACACAUUUGCAGCUGGGACUUCAAUAUUGUUUGCUGUUCUUAUGGAGGCAAUUGGAGUUUCCUGGUUUUAUGGUGUGGACAGAUUCAGUGAAGAUAUCCAACAAAUGAUGGGCUUCAAACCAGGCCUCUACUGGAGACUGUGCUGGAAAUUUGUUAGCCCUGCUUUUUUAUUGUUUGUCGUGAUAGUCAGCAUAAUAAAUUUCAAACCUCUGACCUACGACGACUACACCUUCCCUCUCUGGGCAAACCGCAUUGGCUGGGGAAUAGCAUUAUCUUCCAUGGUGCUUGUGCCUGCCUACAUCAUCUAUAAAUUUAUGAAUGUGCGUGGGACCUUUAAAGAAAGACUAGCUUACUGCAUCACACCUGAAAAUGAGCACCAACUCGUGGCACAAGGAAAUGUCAGGCAAUUUAAGCUCCAACACUGGCUAACAAUAUGACAACCAACAGGUCAAGGAAAAAAGCUCACGUGUUAAGCUAAACUGAAAAUACGGAAAAGUCAAGUUCAAAGCUCCCUCGAUUAUGCUUGGCCCAGGCUGGCUCAGAGCUUAUCUACUGACUCUUUGAGGGAAGACACCUGCUCUCUGUUGUCAAUGCCUCCCUUCUAUUACUUGGCUUCAAAUGAUCUUUAAAGACUUCGUUUAAUUUUUCUUGCAUCCUUUGGUGCCAUGAAAUCCCUACAUGACCAAAACUUGUGAGUUUUGCUAUUGGCAGAAGUGGAGGAGGGGGGAGCAGAGAAAAAAAAAAAAAAAAGCAAUCAGCAUAAGUUAAAUGCUUUUCUUAUUGUGAAGAAGUGAAUUAAACUUUUCUGACAGUAAUAAUUACUUCAGACACUCAUGCCACAACCUAUCAUAAACAAACACCACCUGGACAUUCUUAGGCCUAAGGAAAGAGUACAUCUCAAUUAUGAGGAAAGAGCAACUUUAACUAUGUACUCCUGUCAUUAGCUUUCUUGCCAUACUAUCCUUUGGGAUAUGAGUUUGCAUGCUACUGAAGUGAAGACUCAGUGCUUCAUUUUCAGUGGUUUGUUAUUAGUUUCUAUUCUCGGUGAAGAACCUUGUCCUUGCUGUGUAUGUCCAUGCCAUUUUCUGCCCAGUUUAAUUCCACAAGCUGAAGAGUAGCAGGAACAGAAUUCCUGUUACAGCUACUAGUACAGAACACAGCUGAAUACCACACUGUACUUCAUGAAAAAUAUAUUCCCUUCUAUCAUAUGAAAUGGCUUUAUCAUAUGAUCCAUACUCCACAGACUUUUCCAGCUAAGUAGGAAAGUUACAUCCAAGUAGACUUUCAUCUUUUUUUAUAUUUUGUUCCAAAUAAAGAAUGUAAAAUAUAUAGAGAUAAUAAUUUUUAGAACUAUAUAAUUACCCAGUGGCACAAAAAUACCAGACUCUGGCUUUAUUCUCCUGCUAUGAACAUGCUGUUAUUCUAAUUUAACCUGAAUUCACCUACCAAAUAAUAGUAAGAUUGCGUUGAAUAAUUUAAAAGGAUAUUUUAGGCACACUCAGCUCUCUAAUCCUAUUCCAGCUCUUCUUUCUAGUAGUAUUAUGCAAAGUAGAAGAUACAGAACAAACUCUGCAUUUGGGUGCUGUUCUUAUUCUGUGGUCACUUGUCACUGUUGUACCUUUCCAGUGAUCACUACAUUCGGUAGCUCUGAGUUAUUUCUUGUAGUUAUUUACCACUAGAUCUACAGUAAUUUUCAGAGGCCGUAGCUUCUCAGCUGGAUCCAACCCAGCAUUUACCUCUGGACAUUACCUCUGAAUUUUUUUGUCUCUAUACAUUCAAUUCAGCUUGUCUUUUAAAUGUUAUGUAGUGCUUCCUCUUUUUAAAGAGAUAUUUUUAAAGGAUGGGCCUUUUUUAUUUAUAAAACAUUUUUAUUGAGUUUUUUCUUUUUUAAAAUAGACCAGUUUAAGAGUCCCAAGUGAUUUUAGCUUUUUCUGUCUAAUAUUGAUUUCUGUUCAAAUACUGAAAGGGAAAUUUCUCUCCUUAUUGAUCCUUUUCCUCCAACAUGUUCAAUACUCAGAAUGUAUCAAAUACUGUCCUUUUCUUAAAGGAUCUCCAUGACAAAUAGUAGUUUUAUUUAAACAGGGGUUUAAAUUCAAAGAAUAUUUUCUUCUAAUUAUAAACAAAGUCAUAUUUGCUGGCCCAGCUGCUGGCCAAAGGCUGCUUAAACCCUGUUAUUAAAUAUAUUUCAAUAAUUAAGGAAUUCCAAAUGUUACGGUUCUAAGGCUGUAAGUACACAACAGGCUAAACAGUGAAAAUAUGUUGAGGGUUUCAAAAAAAGUCAUCCCACCAAUUUCACAGUUAAUCCCAUUUUUAUUGUUUGCUGAACUACAUGAGAAUCUUUUCAUUGUUAUAAAUUUACUUUUCAACAAUACAGCUGCUUCAGUCACUGGCUUGGCAUGGCUCAAAAGCUUCUUAGCAUAGAUGUGAUUACUAAGUUCUGAAACUCUUGAGGGCUGCUUGACCUGGAGCUUUAAUAGUCUGUCAUAUCACACAUUGCUUGCUUCGUUCAUGAUUGGAAAUGCUGAAAACCUGCAUUAGUGUUCACUUGUGACACACCCAAUCACCCCCAUCCAUACAGCAAAACCCAUGUAGGAAAAGGUACAUUUCAUCACCACUCUGCUCUGAAAUAGGAGCAAAGCUCUCUUAGCAUGGGAGGGAAGUCAGCCUUACCCAACAUGUUCAGGUUUGAUUGUAUUUUUAAUACCAACUCCCAAGGCAAUUAGCUACUACAUUAUUUUUAUUUCUGUUACUGUGUAACUUCUUAGGUUUAGUGUGGUAUUUAUAGCUCAGGACUCCAUUGCACUAUUGCCACCUUGUUCUGAAGUUUUGUUGGUAAAGAACUUGCAAUCUGUACAGAACACAGAAGUCAUAUCAGACCAAGCAGGAAUCUUGCUGCCAUAAUUAGCCUGAAUGAAAAAGACAAUACACAGGGCAUGACUGCAUACCUAGACUUUAAGUUCAGGAUGUUGCCCAAGGAAAGUCUCCCCCAAAAUAAUGCAACUUCUAUCCCAGAGACAAAAGAACAAUGUCUUCAGUUCUCCACAGAAUAAGAUGAUGAACUACCUCAUGCCUCUUGGAUGAUAAAUGAUGCCAAUAGACACAGACUAUCAUCCAUUCAAAUGACAAAUACUUUUGUGAAGUAUUUUCUUUACUCCACUCAAUGAUAUGGUACAGACAGUCCAAAAAAGAAGCCAUAGCACUGGCACCCACCUCCUCUUAGGGACCUGCUUUGAGCUCCCAAAUACAUUGUCAAUAGGAAAAUAUCAAAUGCCACUAAGUUAUUCAUCUCCCUUAGUUCACGUUUGUAGUUUAAAAAAAAAAAAAAAAAACCAAAACCAAAAAACACACCACCCAGUCAGGUUCUUAUCACCCAUGUGGUUUAACUGCAAGUCUUCCUCUAACUGUGUCUUGAAUUUUCGGCCCAGCAGCUCACUCCUCCCUCAGCUGUACUUAUUACAGGGACAGACCCACUCUGGAGAACGGUGCUCUCCCAGAUAUCCCUGUGGGAUGGCAAGUGAAUGCUGGUUGAGUGUGCAGCCUGCUUCCAGAAGAAGAAAAUGUUUGGUACAAACUUAUUCAAGACACAACAUCAUCUGCUUGUUAAUUGUGUUUGUUGUUUUGGUAACAAGCCAGUGGGAAAAAUUCAGUGAAGCAAUUAAAUAGCUCAUUUGGCAGUUCUAGAAAAUAUUUCCUUAAAAGCCUUUUCUUAAUCUGAUAAAGGAAGCAGCUGUCAUACAUUAGCAUCUCUCUUCUGACCUUUCUUUCGAGGAGUGAAAAAGACCUGCCUGUGACCCACAGUGUUCCACCAACCCACAGAAACUUAGUUAGCACCAAGGAAAGAGGUCCUCCAUUCUCUCUUUGUACCCCUCCCUGCUCUCAUUCAGCAAGACAAUUCUUCUCAUCCUUGGUACUUUUCCAAAGCUACAUUACUAAAACUCCACGGUUUUAGAUUUCUGGAAGAAACAGUGGCUCUUUCAUGCACAAUAGUUCAAAAAGCACUAGUGCUAUUUAGUGUCUGGCCUCUGUUGGACACAUACCUUUUUUGUCAGUCCUUCUCGUUGUUCCAUCACAUCCUGAGACACACACCCUGGCAACACUUGAAAGACAUCUUACCACAGUGAGGGAUAAUGCAGGAUAUCCAGGAUCAAACGCGAUAUUUUAAAUAUAGAAUGUAGGAGAAGCACUUGGGUGUUACUAUUGUGUGUGUUCCCUGACUGCACGUGCAAUGUGUGUCGUAUGUCAUUUUCCCAGAGGAAAUUUCCUAUACUUGGUCAUUUCUUCUCAGCAAAAUACCUUUUGAGUGUUAUUAUUUAAAAAGGUCAAACCCAAACAUUUUGUAUAUACAUUCAACUUUUUAUGCUAUUGUUUUGACAUGAAUUAAGUUUAUUUUGUACUGUUAGGUUGUAGGAGGCCACAUCAAAAGUUCUUUUGCUGUUAAUGUCUCUUUUGCAGUUCUUCCAAUUCAUACAGCAUUAAAUAGCAGAUACUUGUUUUUAGGGGAGUAGAUAGCUUUCAUUCAUAUCCUAGGCUGCUUCAUUAAGCUCCAUGAGGCAUUGGCAAAUGCUUAAGAAUUUCUUUCCAAAGAACCAAUUAAAACCAUAGAUCAGCAUUUUCAAAAGAGAUAAGACCUAAAGAUGUUUUAUUUGCAGUGCCCUCUUAAAACAUUUUAAAAUGAAUCUGAAGGACUCAGACAUUAGCAAGUUAUCACAGUUCAACACACGGCAGUGUAUAGCCCACCUGCAAAAAUUAUGUGUGAACUCUGAGCCUCUCAGAGCAGUAAAAUAGGAUAAUUUUGUUCUAACACACUUUACUAAGAAUAUUUAUGGUCCACAGAUCACCUUAUGUAAGAACUCAAUUUUCUUAAUGUAAAGGCAAAGAUGAUGUUUGAGAUUAGACCCUUGAAUCACCUGGGAGACUUUUCCAGUCUACCUUCCUCUGACUCACACAAUGCUCCUGCUGGUGACUGUGGGCUCACCCCACUAACCAGAGCAAAGUCAAACUGUUAAAGGAUGAUGCUAAACUGUUUAUUCAAGUAAGAAACCAGACCUUGGAGUGACCAUACCAGGUUCAUAUCUAUAUACAAGCAGAAAGGAGCAUAUGGACUAUUUUAAGCAAAGCUGGCCAGAAAUCACCAUAAAGGACUGAAUCUCUGAGCUGCUUGGACACCUGAGUUAUUACAGAUCUUCAUUUACUACACUGGUACAUUACUCUGGUACAUGAGAAGGCCAGCCAUGUGCUGGCUUCCUUUUGAAGAAAGGUACACAAGUACAUGACACUGCAAAACAGUCUGAAAAAAAAUUUAGAACUUAACUUAUGCAAGCAGUUAAGCUCUGUUACAUCUGUGACCUUGCAUCACUGAGUUUCAGAAGGGAUCAUAUGCAGGGAAUUGUUCUAUGUCAAACAUCCAUGUUUGAGUGUUUCUGUGCCGUGGAAAAUAGUUUUUUGUUCAGCCAUUUCAGUCUGUUGUAACUCAGACCUCAACUGGAACACUUCACCAAGCACUUGCCCCUCUCUAAUCCAUAUUCUCAAAGAACAGUUUUUGCUGACAACCAUCCAAGAGCACUCAGACUGACCAAGCAGGAACAUGUGUUCCUAUUUGUUCUGCCUGAUUAAGUUUAACUGUGGAAUGACAAGAUUUGUAAAGAGAAACUUUUCCUAGACCAAAAAAUUCCAGAUUUUUGCACAUUGUUCCUAAUAAAAAUUAAUUCAAUAUAGGACCAGGAUCCUCAGCUGGUGAUUAAUUUGCACAGUGGUACUCUUCACUGCCCAAGACCGAAUUCAGAUGCAUCUACAUGCAUCAGAGACUACUAUAGAGAACUAGGAGGCCAAUACAAACAUUUCAACCAUUAGGAAAACACAGCAGGGUAAUUAGAGUUUCAUUUAAAAGAAAAUUUGCUUAGACAAACUGCAAUCACUGUGUGACUGAUGGAGCAGAAAUAAGCAGAGAAACAGAAGACUACCAGAAGAAUAUAAGUGACAGAUAUCGUGGCUGUGGUCAGUGAAAAUGUCCUGCUCAGAAGGACAUGUGGGUGUCCAGAUCCAAGUAGUUUGGCAGAGAAAGGGAGAAACUGAGAGGUUUAAGUCUCAGUCCAGCAGCUCAGCAUUCAUGUCCAUUAACACUGAAUUAGUUUCCAGAAGAAUUGUGGGCCUUUUCUGCCCAAGCACUGACAGCAAGAUUGAGCCACCUGUGCUUUGCUUUCCUCCUUUCUUUCGGUGUUUCUUUAGCUGCCAUACUAAACAUAAGUUGCUUAAUUUCUUUAAUAAGGAAAGAGAACAAAAGCAGUGAACUGAGAGAAUUACUAAGCCUUAAGUUGGCUCUCUUUUAAAGGUGUCAUGUUGUUUCUUGGUCACUGCCAAGAGGCCUCAAACUUGCAGGUGAGCUACAUCUGUAAUUUACCUUGAAUUCUGUGAACCUGUCUGCAAGACUUAACUCUCGUUUGUGAUGGGCAAUAUCAGUUAAAAAGGGAGAACCUCCAAAUAGGACAUUUGGAAAAUAAAUUCUAAUAGGUGUGAUAAAGAUUUGCCUUACAAAUAAAAGCUUUAUAGUGAGCAUUUACUUGGUUUACACCAGUGUUUUACUUAAUUUUUAAUGCCUUUUUAUAGCAGUGACUAGAAUUUACCUUAGAUAAGAGUUCCUCUGUAUAGGAACUAUUUUAAUAUUUUUACCAGGUUUUUUUAAUUUUCAUAGAAUAUGUGUAUAUUGUAAGGCGAGAAAUUCAACUUUGAUGUAACAAGGGUAUCACACAAGACCUAUCUCUCCAUUAUAAGAUUUUGUAGUCAGCCAGUCUAGUUCCAUAACAUGUUGGCCUUUGACUAUAAAUGUAAAAAUGUGAUAAAGGAGAAUAGAAUAUUACCUACAGCUAAUGCACAUUGUAGCACAAUAUUCUCCAUUGCUGCCUUAAUCUCAUAAAAUGAACUCAUGUGUUUUUAAUUUCUAUUCCAAAAAAAACCAAAAAAUCCAGAGUAUCCUUUGGCUGCAGUUUUGUGUUGUUAGAUGACUUAAGAUCAAACCAAAUGUGUUAGUGUCCAGUAGUUCUACUUCCAAAGCAAGAGAACACAUCGCAGUUUUCAGGAAUAAGUUUUCAUAGGAGCUCAAAAUUUACCAGUAGUAUAAAUACUCUCCAAAGUGCCCCAGUGACCAAAAGUGUCCAAACAUAGACAUGAUAUGUCCAUGCCUGAUUCCAUGAAUUGUGCAAUCUGAAUCUGCAGGCCCUUUACCUUUACUUCUUUUU